UGACGUUGACAGUUGACAAUUCUAAAUUCCUUUUCGUCUCGUCUCGUCCUUCACUAAUAUUUCCGAAUUACAAGUUUACGUUGAUUAAUCAUAGUUUUAUUGAAUUAAAGAUGUCUCUGUUUGGUGAUAUUCUUCCGUUAGGCAAACAUGAGGAGAAGCAGAGCCAGGGCUCGGGCGCAGGACUCUCUCCGUACCUGAACUUUGAUCCAAACUAUAUUCCAAAAAUGCAGCCAGAAUUCCUGUACCCUGACGAUAGUCAUAUGGCCACAACUGCCAGGAGGUCCAACGUCGCACUACCCAUCAUUGGGAUGUCGUUCAUGACAGGUUCAGGUCUUGGUGGAGUGACAGGAUUCUACAAAGGUCUGCGAGCCACUACCCUGGCAGGACAGAGUGGCAAAAUUCGGAGAACACAAAUUGUCAACUACAUCAUGAAACAUGGAACUUCAACUGGCUGCACUCUUGGGAUCAUUGCCUCAUUCUACUCAUGCAUUGCUCUGGGAGUGACCUGGGUGCGGGACAAGGAGGACACCACCAACACGUUCCUGGCCGCCGCCACCACCGGCCUCAUCUACAAGAGCACUGCUGGCCUCAAGUCCAUGGGCCUCGGAGCGGCUGUUGGACUAACCCUCGCCGGAGUCUACACCCUCGUCACUGACAAUGACAACAUAUGGAGCAAAGCCCAAUACAACCGAUUGUGAUCACUCUAUCCCAAAAGAGAUUCAGAACUAUUUUCUUUACAUAGCUCUUAUUGUAGGGUUAUGUGAAGAACAUAGAUUUAAUUUAAUAAUUAGCCAUAUUUAGGACUUAUGUACAUAAUAAUAGACUGUUAUUUUUAGUUUAUGUUAAUCAACGCCAAAGGAUCUGUUACAUGUAUUGGGGCUUAGUUAUUCCAUGUUUCGGUACUACUAAUAGUCCACAGGCACAGCUAUGCCUUACACGGUAAGCCUGCACAUUGUUUGAAUCGCCUAUCAAUUGCAGGAGUAGCACAAUUUAUAAUAAUUAUAAAUACUUAAGCUUGUUAAAUUUUAAAUAAAACAUAUUUUAGAAAAUA